GGGGGUCCCACAGAGAUGGGACUUACACGGAGAAAAGGAUCAAGGCGACCCUCUGGGGUGGGGGGUUGGGCUCCCUGCGAGGGGGUGCAGGAAGUCUGAGAGAAGCAAGGGAUCCUGCAAGGACCGGCUAGAACGUUAUCAGCUGCUGGCCGGGGGCUGGUUGGGUAGAAAACUGGGAUAGGCCUGGACAUAUGUGACCUUGGCAUUUUGUGUAGCCUUGGGAGAUAGCUGCCUGCAAUUCAAGGCCUGUGUGGACAGUCUUUUCUAGAAGGUUCCACCGAAGAGCUUCGGCCAUCAGCUGAGUAACUGUCAAAGCCUUUCGAGCUGUCUGUAGGGUGCUGCUCCCCACCUGCAGAUGGGUUAACCGAAACCCAUGGUGAGGAAGUGACUUUCACCUGAGAUUACCCAGACGCUCUGGACGGCACCUAGAACUUUUAGAACCUGUUUCAAGGACCCUGGGGCUUUCCGCCAGGAAGCCUGCAGUCACCAUCCAGGGGAAUUUUUUUCACCACAAAGGGUAAUUCCUGCCCCAUCCCUGCCAUGACUCAGCUGUGACGUUGAACCACACACGCUGGAGAGAAGAUAAAGUCAUCAGACUCCUGUGCACCAGAGUGGCCCAGCCCAGAGCCCGGCUCUCCUCUCCUCACAGGCCCUUGAGGGCCAGCAGGGAACCCCAAGAUGGCCUCGAGCUCAGCCAGCAGCCCCCGCCCGGCCCCCGAUGAGAACGAGUUUCCCUUUGGGUGCCCCCCCAGCGCCUUCCAGGACCCGGCAGAGCCCAGGGCCCUGUGCUGCACAGCCUGCCUCUCUGAGAACCUGAGGAACUGUGAGGACCGCAUCUGUCCUGCGUGCAAAGGGGACAACCCAACCUCCGUGAGCCCCGGAAGCCUCCGGACCCAGGAGAAGAUUCACCCCGAGGUGGCUGAGGCUGGAGCUGGGUGCCCCUUUGCAGGUGUUGGCUGCUCCUUUAAGGGAAACGCACAGUCCUUGCAGGAGCAUGAGGCCACCUCCCAGGCCUCCCACCUAAACCUGCUGUUGGGGUUCAUGAAACAGUGGAAGGCUCAGCUGGGCUCUGGCCUGGGGUCCGGGCCUAUGGCCUUGGAGCGGAACCUGUCAGACUUGCAGCUGCAGGCCGCCGUGGAGGUGGCAGGGGACCUGGAGGUGGACUGCUACCGGGCACCGUGCUCUGAGAGCCAGGAGGAGCUGGCCCUGCAGCACCUCAUGAAAGAGAAGCUCCUGGCCGAGCUGGAGGGGAAGCUGCGCGUGUUCGAGAACAUCGUCGCCGUCCUCAACAAGGAGGUGGAGGCCUCCCACCUGGCCCUGGCCGCCUCCAUCCACCAGAGCCAGCUGGACCGCGAGCGCAUCCUGAGCCUGGAACAGAGGGUGGUGGAGCUGCAGCAGACCCUGGCCCAGAAGGACCAAGCCCUGGGCAAGCUGGAGCAGAGCCUGCGCCUCAUGGAGGAGGCCUCCUUCGACGGCACCUUCCUGUGGAAGAUCACCAACGUCACCAGGCGGUGCCUCGAGUCUGCCUGCGGCAGGACCGUCAGCCUCUUCUCCCCAGCUUUCUACACUGCCAAGUAUGGCUACAAGUUGUGCCUGCGACUGUACCUGAAUGGGGAUGGCACGGGCAAGAGGACCCACCUGUCUCUCUUCAUUGUGAUCAUGAGAGGGGAGUACGACGCUCUGCUGCCAUGGCCUUUCCGGAACAAGGUCACCUUUAUGCUGCUUGACCAGAAUAACCGGGAGCACGCCAUCGACGCCUUCCGGCCGGACCUCAGCUCUGCGUCCUUCCAGCGGCCCCAGAGUGAAACCAACGUGGCCAGCGGCUGCCCUCUCUUCUUCCCCCUCAACAAGCUGCAGUCACCCAAGCAUGCCUACGUGAAGGACGACACCAUGUUCCUCAAGUGCAUCGUGGAGACCAGUGCUUAGGGCGGGCAGGUGGGGCUCCUUGGGGAGCCAAGUGAGAUGACUGUGACUUCUGCCCUUGAUGUUCAAGAGCACAGGGCUGCACCAGGGCUUGCGUGACCUGAGCAGGACUGGCAGGUCGACCAGCUGGCUGUCCGCUUGGAGUGCUGGGCAGCAUUGCUCCCUGAGGCUUCAGCCAUGGCACCCAGAGGCCUGGGAGCCACUUCAGCCCUGACUGUUGAAGUGGACUUGGCCCAAGAUGGGGAGAGGAUGGGACCCGGCCUAGGGCACGGGUGGUGACUCGGAGCUGUAGGAUCUAAGCGGAGGAGCUCCUGGGGUAGGCAGAUCUAUACAGGGACCCCACGGAGAGCUGGCAGUGUGUUUGCUCUUCCUGCCCAGGGUUAGGCUGGGGCCGAAGGGACAGGGUGCCAGUGCGACCUCAGUCUGUCCAAGCCAUGAAGGAGUUUCCCAUCACUGGAGGCAAACAAGCAAAUCCAGAGGCCUGCACGGGGUGGGGCGGGGGGGGGGGGGCACUGAACUGGAAGUUGGGCUUUGAAGAUCUUCCAGUUCUUUCCAGUCCAGAUGGUCUAAUGCCAGGCCUCCCUGACCCAGGUGAGCCUUCCAGGCUGGAGGGUUCUGGAAACACUCAGGAGCCUCCUGCCAUCAAGUUCCCCACUCACAUCUGGGACCACAAGGCAGGCUGGGCUGGCUGCAGUGCACCUGCCACCCCAGGCCUGGCAGCUUAGGUUCCCGCCACACAGGGGCAUGCACACGGCCUGCAUCCAGGCCUCCCCCGGCUGAACGCCCCUGCACGGCAUCUAGGGGAGACCAGGAGACUGGCGCUCUCCAGAGUCCCAGGUCAGCCGGUAAACCGAGGCACUCACUUCUCGACCCUGACCAGAACCUCUGCACCACUGGGCAGGGGUCGUCCUUAUAAAUAUGUAUUAAAAACCAAAAGAAUUUUUUUAAAAAUCUCUUCCGAGGCUUCAUCAAGUGUGCAGUUGGAGUUGGUGGCGCUGAGCGAGUUUGAAGAAGCCCGUUGCUCCGUUGCUGAGUUCCAGGUGGUGCCGUUGGUAUUGCAGGGGGCGUCAGAGCCGGUGUGCUGGCAGCAGCAUCCUCUCUGGCCUCAGUCUCCCCUUCUGUGCAGUGAGGGGAUGCCCCUAGCCUGUCUCCCUCCUGGAUUGCGUGACCCUCAAAGGGGAUGCCCCACAGGAGAGCCAGGGACACCCUGGACACCGCUGCCUGUCCAGGACCAGCAGUGGCCCAUGCUUGACUUCUCACCUGGAUGGCAUCAAGCCCCGUUCCCUUCAGGGACCCUUGCCUGGCUGUCCAGAGCCCCUGGUGCUUCCUGUUACCACUCAGGGCUCCAGGCCAGGCCCCAACCACUCGCCCCUGCAGCCUUGCCAACAGCUGACUCCUCUGCUUGCGGGGGCUGUGAGCAGUGGUGGCUCCAGGCAGGAUCCGGGUGGCAGGGGGCUACAGGGGAAGACGGAAAGGGUGGGAUGGGCCAGAGCAAAAGCACCUGCGCACAGCUGCUCAGCCAGAGCCCUGCGGGCGCCCCCUUGGCCAGUCAACAGUCGCCUGAGACAGUGAUGUGGAACAGUGAUGCAUUUCCCAGGGAAGCCCUGCGCUAGCCAAAAGCUGGACAGCACCUCUCUGCCAGGUGAUUGAAGGGCGGGGCGGGCAAGGCGCAGGCAAAGCUGCCUGGAGCCUCACAGCCUGGGGUGCAGCAGGCACCCUCUCCUCCCCUUCUACAGAUGGGGAGGUGGAGUCCAGAGAAGCUGGGGGAGGGGUGGGAGGUGGGCACGGACCUUAGACACCAGGUCUUUCACUUCCAGCUCUUUCCUACCUCCUUGAGCUUCCUCGUGGGUGAAGUCAUCAGUCACAGUGGGCUCGCCCCUGCAUGGGAGGCAGUGGGAGGCCGUGGGUCCUUGUGCUCCCCGCCAGAGACCAGCCUUGCAGGACCUGGCUGCACCCCAGGAGGGCAGGGCAAGCAGAUUUGCCCAGAGGCCACCCUUGGACAGCCCCAGGCAGUAAGGACAGUGGCUGUUUUACACUGUUCAUUUUUGAUCCUAGAAAAACUGGAAAACAACGAUAUACAAAAAGAAAGUAAAAAUCACCCCUGAGGCCCAUGUCUAGAGAGUCAGAGCGGAGCGUUUUUGUGCAUUGUCUCUUUGGGAAGGUGGACACAAAUACUCACGCACACACACAUGCGGACUUGCUAGAAUCCAAAUGAUGACCACAGUAUGCUCCCUUCUGUUCACUUCCUACCAUUAGCGCCUCAGCUCACAGGCAAGGAAGAAGAGUGAAAUAAGUCGCUCAAGGCCACUCCAAAUACGUGGUGGGUCAGGAUUCACACUCAAGUCUCUGGAUGCUAAGCCAGACUGACGUCAUCAUGACUGUUAAACAGAGAAACUGAGGCAGGGGAGGGGAGUGAUGUGCCUGCGAUCACAUGUCCAGGUCCUGGGCAGACUGGCCCCUGGCUUUGGAUGUCGGGCACCCCUUGUGCAGGGAUCUGGAGGAGACAGGGCAUGAGCCCUUGGUUGGCAGAGUUCUGAGGACGUGCAGGACAUCACAUGGCAAAAGGCAGGGAGCGCACCUGGCUCUUGUGGCCCCUCUGCCCCUCGGUACAAAGCCACCAGGAUUGAGUCGUGGGGUCUGUACCCUCCUGCCCUAAUCUAAUGCCAGUCGCUCCCCAAAGGCCCCACCCCGGCACACCUGGGGCCGAGUCAGUUUCCACCCUCUUCAUACUAUUUCCGGCACGACCUGGGGGAUUGAACUCCUGGGGGCAGACCAUUUUUAAACCGCAGCGUGUCCCCUAAGACAGGGUCUGCCGCACAGUGGGCAAAGGGACCCCAGAUGCAUUUUGAUACUUGGACACUGGUGCCACCAAAUGCAGAGAGGGAAAGCCAAGGAGCACACGGCCUCCUGGGGCCUCCAGAGAGAGCUCAGCUCUGCCAACACCCUGACCUUAACUCUGGAAGACUCGCUUCAGCCUUGCAGCCUCUGGAACCGCAAGGUGACACAUCCAUGCUGCUGCAAGCCACAAGAUCUGUGGCAAUGGGUGCAGCCACCAGAGAAGACUCAGCAGUGCACGCCAGGGGUGGCUACUGCAGCGGGAGCUGUGCUCUAAGUCUAUAAAACACCAGAUUUGGAAGACUCAGUGCCAAAGAGAAUUUAUUGUGCUAAUAUUUUUAUAUGGAUGACACUGAAUUGGUAAAUACCUUGUCAGAGUACAUAAAAUAUAUUGUUAAAUGUAAUUUCACCUGUUUCUUUUUUU